GUCUCGAAAGCGAUGGCAGCAGUGUUUGCAGCCGCCGUGGCUGUUACGCUCUUCCUUGGAGUGGCGGAGGGCGGGAGCCUGCAAAGGAAGCAACGCCCAAUGCGCCAAGGUAUGUGUCCACACCGCACAGGGAUCCCUUCUCUCUCCAAUAGUCUCUCUCUGCCAUGCCACUGGUGUCGAAUUCGACGCACUCCUGCAGGCUUUUCGGCCCAUCGAGAUGACAUAGUGAGCGCUCUCCCUGUUCUCUCUGGCCCCAGUAACGCCCCGCCGCCUCGACCUCAGCAAAAUCAGGGAGAGUGGAUUCCCAUCGGAAAGCCGCCACAGCCCCCCGCUGCUCCCGGCCAAGACAAGAAGCCAGGGGAAACGGUCCCUGCACAGCCUGGUGCAGCCCUGCCAGCGUCGACGUCGGCUCAGUCCCCGGCCGCUCCCAAUGAGGCUACCACAGCCGCUCCCGAGGCUGCUCCUGAAGGCGAGAAGACUUCGGGCGGUCCGACUUCUGCUCCACCUGCAGCCGCACAGCCUUCUGCUGCAGCUGCAGCUGAAGCGCCGCAGCCACAGCAGCCACCACAGCCACCCGCACCAGCCUCUAAGGAGGCCCCGGCAGCAAAAGCGGAGGAAGCAGCUGGUCCCCCCCAGCCCCAGCCGCUGCCUCCUGCUGUUGCAGCCCCACCAGCAGAGACACCUAAAGAGGCCUCUUCAUCCAUCACCCCUGCCCCCGCUGUUUUAGGACAAGAGGGAGAAUUGGGCGGCCCUCCUGCCGCUGCCGCGGCUCCAGCCCCACCCACACAACCUUCUGCCGCACCGGUGCAGCCUGCAGCAAAGAAGGAGGCACCAGCAGCCGACGCAGCGGCGAAGGCGGCAGAAACACCCCCUCUGCCACCUGCUGCGCCUGUCAGUGAGAAAAGGCUUCAGCCGACCGGAGAACACGCCCUGCAUAAAGCCGCUGUCAGUGAAGGCGGUGCGAGGAGGGCUGCUCCGGUGAUGGUGUCUCCGCUGGUGUCGCUUGACCCGGUGGAUUUGGGCGAGAGGGACGCCGGGGGGCGAGUGGUGCGGUGGGACGACUUCUACGGGACGGACAGAUACGAGAGCAUCAUUGCAGACUUCGCUGAAAGGGGAGAGGAUGCGUUCCCACAGUGAGACAGAGAGAGAGAGAGGGACAAAUGGGACGUGUGGAUGGAUGGAUGGAUGGACGGUGGAUGCAGGUGUUGCGUGUGUCUGAUGCGAGACACGGACCUGCAGCACCUGCCCCUUGCAGAGAGGAAGUGCAUCAAGACGCCCCGCAUGACGACACACGACUCCCAGAAGGAGGAGGCCCCGCUCAUCGACGGAGCCGCACAGCCAUUCAACGAGGGGGCCUGCGCCAGCCUCUGCACCGACCUCGGCGCACAACAGAGCCGCUUCUUCCCCUUUGACCACCAUGCUCCUGCCGGUGUCUGCGAGGUGAGACACACACACACACACACACAACCAGACACCACGGACACACAAAGUUCCCUCUUGCAGAAGGUGGACCUCUGCUCACAUACGGUCGGGAGGUCGGCCUUGAAGAACGGCAUCAAGUGCCGGUCCGCGGAGGGGCCUGACUGCCCCAUGUGUCAUGUGGAGGGGUGGGAGUGUGUGGUGGCGAGUGGCGAGUGGCUGGAGAGCGUUCGUCACGCGCUAGAUGGGGCGGAGGAGGGGGACUAUGUUGCGGUGCACCGGUAUGUGGAGCCGGCGACCCUCUAUGCUCUGCUGGACUGACUGACUGACAACUGGUGGACGCGAUGAUUCAAAACGCUUCUUGACUUGGGGUGCGGUGCAUGACACAACAAACUUGCAUACGAUGGUUGUUCGUUCGUUCGUUGGUUCGCACGGCACGGCAUGGAGGCGCAAAAACGUCAGCAGGUCGACCUAACAACUCGUCAAAG